AUGGUUUUUUGGAAUUGUUUCGAUGGAGCCGAUGAAGUUGACUGUGAUCCAUCACCAUUAUUGAAUUGUUCACAUCAUCAUCGCAUUUGUGUUUCACCUAAAACAAAUCAAUUUAUCUGUUUACCGCUUAAGAAAGCUAAUGAUGGUAAAAUUGGUUGUCUUGGUGGUACUGAUGAGCCGAAGUUAUGUCGAUCAAAUAAUUUUAAAUCUACUGGUUGGAAUUUUUGUCGCCUCAACAACAAAACGGAAUCUUGUGAGUCUUUCCGAGGCUCAUGUUACGAAAGCAAUUGCGAAGGUAAAUUAACGAACUCAAUAACUCAGAUACAACAACAAGAGACAAAUGCAAUCAUGUCAUAUUCUUCUAUUAAACAAACAACUACUCGUCAGUAUAAACAACUAUGUCAUCGUGGUCUUGUUUUACAUCUUUGGUAUCACAAUGAUACAAACUCUACUGAUGUAGCAUGUCUUUGUCCACCUAGUUAUUAUGGUGAUUUGUGUCAAUAUCAGAACCAACGAGUUAGUCCUAUUAUUCGAUUUGAAACGUUUUCUGAUUCCAGACGGAUACCAUUUGCUGUGCUUGUCUCACUGCUAGAUGAUAGCGAAGAACGAAUCAUUCAUUCAUAA